AGUUUUGAGAGUGCGUUUGAAGGUGUGGGGUGCUCGGGCUGGGCUCGUGUGACAGGGUGUGCCUUUGUGUUGAACCAUCUAGACUGGACAGAAACAAUCCAGCGUAUAUUUAUAUACUUGGGAGCGCUUCUAAUUGAAAUGGUAGUGCUCCUACCAAUGUAAAUAUCAACAUGGAUUUGGGCCUUGAUUGAUUCGAGAAAGCUAGCUGGUUGGUUGAGUCAGAGUUGAAGAGGUUGUUCUUCAGUUGAGGUUGAACUGAACUGCACCUGAUUCAAACAUUGCAGUUAGUGCAACAGGUGUGCGUGUGGCUCGUGGCUUUGAUAGAGAAUAAACAGUUUCUGAAGACUCGACAAAAUGGGUCGACAGUGCUUGCUUCCCUUGGAGCUAGCUGACUGCUUGACAGACAGCCCCUACUUCCGGCAAAAUCUGCAUGCUUAUGAAAAGGAGCUUGAAAACACCAGUGCAUCAAUUAAAUCUCUGGUGAAGGACAUCAAAGAAGUUCUUGAUGCCGCAAAACAGCUGUCGCGAUGUCAGCGGGCGUUCGCCAACAGUCUGGACAAAUUCCAGUUCGACUGUAUCGGCGGAUCACAGACGGAUGACGAGAUCGUCAUCGCCGGCAGUCUCAAACAGUUCGCCUCGCUCAUCAACCUGAUCGAGGAGGAACGCCAGCGAAUGCUCGAACACGGCCACAAACAGGUGAUCGGAGCACUGGACACAUUCCGAAGGACGCACAUCGGCGCCGCAAAGGAGGGCCGGAAGAAGUUUGAGAAGCAGACGCAGAAGUUCUGCUCCAGCUUGGAGAGGCACCUGAACCUGUCCACCAAGAAACUGGAGAACCAGGCCAUGAAAGAGGCGGAUGCAGCUCUGGAAAUGGAGCGGCGAUACUUUGUUCAGGCCAGUCUCGACUACGUCUGCAUGCUGCAAGAAGUGCAAGAGCGCAAGAAGUUUGAGUUUGUGGAAACGCUGCUGGGCUGUAUGUACGGCUGGAUGACAUUCUACCAUCAGGGACACGAGAUGGCCAACGACAGCAAGGGACAGAUGCGAGACCUCCAGAUGCGACUCCAGAAGACUCGGGAAGAGUUCGAGUCAACUCGCAGUGAGGUGGAGUCACUCAAAAACAAGAUGAUGCAGGAUGUGCGACAAGCGAAGCCACUGGACGCUGGAACCCGGCAUGGUUACCUCUACCUCAUGGAGAAGAAGGCGUUCGGCUACACGUGGACCAAACACUACUGCAAGUACCACAAGAAGACGAAGCUGUUGUCUCUGAUGCCGUACAAUCAGCAGACCGGAAAACUGAGUCAAAAUGACGACAUGGUGGUCCGCUCGUGUGUGCGGCGCAGCUCCGAGUCUAUCGAGCGGCGGUUCUGCUUUGACGUCACAGCCGAGGACCGGGAGGGACAGGUGUACACGCUGCAGGCCAUGUCAGAGGACGACUUGCGACUCUGGCUGGACGCCAUGGACGGAAAGGAACCGACGUACUCCAAGUACGGCUCGGACCAGCGCAGUGAGGUCACCGCCCUGGACGACAACGGCUUCCACUUUGUCACGACGUGCAUCGCGCAGCUGGAGGGCCGCGGCCUGGAGGAGCAGGGACUCUACCGGGUGGUCGGCGUCAGCUCAAAGGUCAGUAAGCUUGUGCAGCUGGGCCUGAACCGGCAGAAGCUCGAGAAGGUCUCCCUCGACAACGUGGUCGAGUGGGAGACCAAGACGCUGACCAGCGCCAUCAAGACGUUCUUCCGCAGCCUGCCAGAGCCGCUGAUGACCUUCCAGUUGCACAGCGCCUUCAUCAACGCCGCCAAGGCCGAUAGCUCAGUCAGGGUAGCCGAGAUCCACAAGCUGGUGAGGAAGCUACCCGCAGUCAACUACCGGAUGCUCAAGAUCCUCAUGCAGCACGCACAAAACGUGAGUCGGAAGAGCGACAAGAACCUGAUGUCUGUGAGCAACCUGGGCGUGUGCUUCGGACCGACACUGCUGCGGCCGGAGGAGGAAACCAUGGCCGCCAUCAUCGACAUCAAGUUCUGCAAUACCGUCAUCGAGAUCCUCAUCAGGCACUUCGACACGAUAUUCAACAGUGGCACGGCGCUGCCCAGUCCGGUAGAGACCAAUGGAGGGACCCAUUACGGUAACGGACCGGUGCCCGCCCCACCGCCCGGCAUCAUAUCGGCCACUGCUCAGCCGAUCCAGGUGACGUACGAGGCCGAGCAGCUGGCCCGACAGUCAGCCCGGCCGGCCGGCUCGGUGCGCCGCCACCCGCCCCCCUACGCCCACCCGCCGCCGCCCUCGUACGCCGGCCAGCACCCGCCGCCCCCGCCCCCGCCCGCCGGCGGCGGCGCGGCCACGGCGCUGGCAGCGUCGGCAGCGGCUGCCAUCGAACCGCCCAGACAGAAGCCGCUUCAUGUCUAUAACCCGACCACCCUUCUCGCCGACCGGGAUCGAGAUCGGGUGGAGGGCGGCAGCCUCACCAACAACAGUAUGAGCAGCAGCAACGAGUCGCUGUCGUCGCGCUCCUCGAGGGACCUGCAGCACACCACGUCAUCCAGCUCGUCACCGUACACCCGCUCGAAGCUGGGAUCCUGUGCCCACCGAGCUACCGGCCCCACUCAACCUGUAAGUACCUCUACUGACC